AUGUCACGAAUGAAUCUCCUACUCACUGAGUACCAGGCCGACCAGCCGACCGCCUACCAAGAAGGAAGCACCGUUCGCAUGGCACUGCACGGAAGAACGUUGGUGUUCAUGUUGGUGGGACUCAAUUGUAUCGCCACCUCCCUGCAACAGAGCUACAUUGGUAAUGGCUACUUCCAAGGGUACGAGCUGAAGGAUAUGAAUGUCAAGAAAAAGGAGGAAAUUGCCGUGAACCUUAUUAGACAUAAUUUCAUCGUAAAAACUGCACGAACGAGCAUAACAUCCCUGAUUUACGAGCGGUUUACUGCCUAG